CGAUCACUGAGCCCACCCCCCCCCCCCCCCCCCCCCCCAUAUCCAUCUCCUCCAUCUCUGCACCUUAGCCCCGGAACGCCAUCGUUUUCCGUCUUCUUCCCCUCGCUUGCCCGGAGGAUCGCCGGCGGCCUUCCACUUCACAGCUUUCCGGUGGUCAAGCUCUGGGAGGAGCACAAGAUGUUCGGAAUAACCCGCCGGCGUAUGAAGCUCGGCCGGGUCAAGAAGGUGCAGCUCGCGGAAUCUGCACCGGGUGGUCGCAGUCCCAUGAGGCCCCUGAAGCGAAGUAGCAAUCAGAAUAACGAAGGUGCUCAACAUGGGACUGAUCAUCCCAAUGAACCUGACUGCCAGAGCCCUCCGGGGCCUGAGAUUAAUGGAUGCACGUCAGGAAGUUCGGAGAAUUGGAUGGUGUUGUCGAUUUCCGGGGAUAAGCCUGCUCCUCGCUUCAAUCAUGCAGCAACUGUUGUUGGAAACAAAAUGAUAGUCGUGGGUGGUGAAUCUGGAAAUGGCUUGCUAGAUGAUGUUCAGGUGCUUAAGUUUAACCAAUUUACUUGGACUGCGGCUUCAUCCAAACUUUACUUAUCGCCAAGUAGUCUUCCAUUGAAGAUUCCCGCAUGCAGGGGUCAUUCUCUGGUUUCUUGGGGGAAAAAGGUGCUCCUGAUUGGAGGAAAAACUGAACCAGGGAGUGACAGGGUUGCUGUGUGGGCGUUAGACACUGAAACUGAGUGCUGGUCUCUGAUGGAAGCAAAAGGAGACAUACCGGUUGCUCGUAGUGGUCACUCUGUGGUUAGGGCAAACACUGUUCUUAUCCUCUUUGGUGGCGAAGAUGCUAAAAGGAGAAAACUGAAUGAUCUACAUAUGUUUGACCUAAAAUCCUUGACGUGGCUUCCUCUUCACUGCACAGGUACAGGGCCAUCUCCGAGAUCCAAUCAUGUUGCCACCCUUUUUGAUGACAAAACUCUUUUCAUAUUUGGAGGAGCGUCAAAAUCGAGAACACUGAAUGACUUGUACUCAUUAGACUUUGAAACGAUGAUAUGGUCAAGAAUCAAGAUACGUGGGUAUCAUCCAUCGCCAAGGUCUGGUUCCUGUGGAGUUCUCUGUGGAACAAAAUGGUAUAUUGCUGGGGGUGGGAGCAGGAAAAAACGACAUGCAGAGACUUUGAUUUUCGAUGUUUUGAAAGUUGAGUGGUCUAUAGCUGUUUCCUCGCCUACUUCUUCUGUUGCCUUCAACAAGGGGUUCAGCCUUGUCCUUGUAAAUCACAAGGAAAAGGAUUUUCUUGUUGCAUUUGGGGGAUUUAAGAAAGAGCCAUCAAAUCAGGUCGAAGUACUGAUUGUGGAUAAAAAUGAAUCAUCAAUGGGCCGAAGACCCAAUGAUAGUAAAGCCCCAGGAUCUCUGUUUGGAAAACGUUUAUCUUCAAGAUUGGCUAAUCAACUUAGUGGCGGCUCUUCUCGGCGCUUAGUUGAUUCUGUUGCAAGACAAAAUCUAGCUUCUGUUAUUGAGCAGCAUGGUUCAGGUCGGAAAUCUUUGUCAGAAUCUACCCUGACUGAUUCUAAUCCUCCUUCUGGUAAUGUCUCUCUUCGCAAGCAGUUCAGUAAUGAGGAAGAUUAUAGUAGGACUCUUAAGAUAGCAAAGUGUCUUGAAGAGGAAAGUUCAUUGUCACAGGUACCAGGACACAGGAGAAACCAUUCUGAUGCUGCGACACAUUUUAACGGUUUUGGAGACAAAGCUCUUGGGGAAGAGACAUCCUUGGCGUAUGAAUCUGAGAACUUCAGUCCCCACAAGAAUGGGACUGAUGGCUUUCCAGUUGAUGAUGAUGUGCCACUCCCUCAAAACAAUUCGAAGCUAGGACCACCACCAUCUGCUUCUUCUUCAAGCACAUGCCAGUUCUAUGAGAAUAAAAUCGCAGCCCUUAUUAAGAAGAAUGGUGUCCAAGAAGGGCAGCUAGCGGCAGCACUUGCUAGUCAAGAGGCUGCUGAGAAGAGCUUAUCCUCCGCUCACAAGAGCAGGCAGGAGAUGGAGAAGAAGCUGAGCGAGACAAUGAAGGAGAUGGAGCUGCUUAAGGAGAGGCUCGCAGGUCUUGAGCUUGCACAGGAAGAGGCCAACAGCCUGUCCAAUAUCGUCCACUCGGACAAUGUCAGGCUUGAGCACGAUGUUGCUUUUCUCAAGGCAGUUUUGGAUGAUACUCAGAAGGAGCUGCUUUCAACUAGAGGAGUCCUAAAUGGAGAAAGGGCCAGAACGUUCCAGCUCCAGGUUGAGGUUUUUCAUCUCAAACAGAGACUACAAUCUAUGGAGAAUCGAGCUCCCACACCGAGGAAGCCAUUCCAUGUUUAAUAUUCCGCAGGAUUCACCAGAACAGAAGCUGAGGUUCGGAUUUUGUCUAUUGCACCAAAGCCCUUUGGCUUCUGCUGGCCAUUCCCACUUGUAUCUUCAAUUCCCACGCUGUACAUAAGUUGUACUAAUUAAACGCCUGCAACUUAAUUAAUAUUAAUUAAUUAUCAGUCCCUGUAUGGGAGGAAGUAUUUACUUUACCUGCCAUUA